CCUGCUGACUACUCGCCCGUCACCCAAGCUUUCUUCACGCUUUGCCGCUGCUUGGCCCGUCUGCCCUGCUGCUGCCGACUUGGACGCCUGCCGAAGCAAAGCGCCUCGUCGUGACUCUGUGCCCUUUUGCAUAUUGGAUGCGCAUUGGCGCUGCUUUUGGCAUUGUUGGUACCUCCUUCGCUGCUCCUCGCUCACUCGAUGCUGGCCUGCUGCUACUGCUACUGCUACUGCUACCCUCGCCCACCAUGGCCGGACCGAAGGCGCCCCAUCAGGCCGCUGGCUGGGUAGCAGUGUUUGCAGAUGCUCUCUCGACCGACGCCAAUUACGCUCCUUAUUUGAUCGCUAUGGGCCACACGCUCGUCAACUCCAUGGCGGUACCGGCUGCCGUCUACUUCAAGCCAUUCGUGGUCUUCAUGGCCAUGUCAUGGCUGUUCUGGCGCGCAUACCAGGUCGUAAAUCGCCCUCUCGAAGACCUCGCCGGUCUGCUGGGCUUCGAUAUUCCCUCCGCACCCGUUGUAGACCUGGCCGGAGUUAAAGCAGACGGUGCCAUCAUCCAUUGGCAAUUGCCCGAGAGCCCACUUCGCAUGAACAAAACCACACACCGCUUCGAGAUCAUGGUCAAUGGAGAUGUCGUUGCAUCGCUAUCGGUUAAAGAGUCAGGAGCAUUGAUUAUGGGCCUGCAGCCAGGCUGUUUCUACGUUGUGCGAGUCUCACUGGUGAACAACAUGGACUUUGCCUCCAAGAGCCAGCCCAUUCGCUUCCGCACCAAGCAGCACGCCUCGGCCGACUUCUUUGCACCCUCUCUCGAUGAUGAAGGCGAAUAUGAUGGGCCGCAAGUUGCUAUUCACGCUCAGCCGUAUCGUGCACUGCAGGAUGUCGCACCUGCCCUACCCGAUGCCGUGCCGAUGACCCGCGAGAAUAGCACUGGUUUGGGACCAAGCAGAAGUGUAAAGAGUCGAAGAGCUUCGCCAUCUGCCCUCGAUCUCCAAAAACACGAUCCUCCACCGGACGACAACGAGCCUCCAGAGGGCGCGGAAACGAUCACGCGGCUGACCGAGAAGCUCGACGCCAUUCGAAGGGAGACAGACGAGGCGGAGAGACAGGCCAAAGAGGAGGAAGAAGAAGAAUCGAGACAGAAAGACGAGCUAGCCAAGGAGAGAGACGAGCUCAAGGCGGAGUCAUUGGAGCGUGACAGGGCCAGCCGCAACCUCAAGAAAGAGGUCAAUACAUUGGAGCGACAAAACACCAUCGCGCAAAAUGAUCGAACAAAACACGAACGAAUUCUUCAGCAAAAGAAGCAGGAGCGGCAAAAAUUGAAGGAUGACAUGAUUCGCUGGGAUGAAGAAGCCGCCAAGAUGAGAUUGGACAUGGAAAGAAUCAUCAAGGAGAAAGAAGAAUACUUGCAGCAAGCGGAACAAGACGCAGAAGAAUUACGUGCGAAGCAGGUGGUAGAAGCAGCCGCUGUGAAAGCACUCGAUGACGAAGUGAAGGAGAAGAGCAGCGAAAUCAAGAAAUUGGAGCGUGUCAUGAAGAAUAGCUCGCCGAACCUCACUGAGCAAGAGCCAAAUCUUGUGCAGCAGUUUCAGCAGGACGCUGAGGAGAAGAGGUUGUGGGAGAUCACUUACCAGAGCCUGCAGCACCAGUAUGCCACCACCCACACGAAACUGGAACAGGCCAAGCGUAUGCACGCGGAGCAGCAAGCCUAUCUGGAACAGCUUCGCGCCAAGAGACGGCAGGAAGAAGCCGCACAGCAGUACGCAUCGCCUCCUGCUACGCAGGAGAGACCACUGCGCAGGGGUGACAGCAAUCGGAGUCGCAGAGCACAAAGCGGAGUCAGUCAAUCAGAGAGCCCUCGCAUGGCCAAUUUUCCCAUCGCAUCGGCGCCUUUCCAGCCAGGAGCAUCAGCCGCAGCUUCGUUGUUCCCGACAGUGCCAGCAUUUUUUAACAUCCAAAACGGCACGAGCCUGGCCGGUCCCACGGACGGAAUUGCCAUGUCCGACGAGGACCGCGAGAAGCUGACCGGCGGCGCCCCCAUGAGCCCAGGCGCUGGCGCAGAAUAUUUACCUGCAGAUCUUUUCGGAGAAGGAGACACUAAGCGAACAGAAAUGAUUCUGCCAGGCCUCGGCGCGCUGCCCGGCUUACCUGGAAUUACUGCUACAGUGGCACAGAACCAGGCUGCGUACGAUCCCGGACCAGCAUCGCCAGCUUCUGGAAGGAGUAGCAGACCGGCGAGUGUGUUUGCUAGCCCUCGAGCAAGCGCACAGAACCUGAUCGGGUCCCCUGAGGGUGUAGAGCGCAUUAUGGACUCUGAUGUUCGUUCCAUACGCUCGAACCGCUCGAACCGUGCCACUAGUGGUGGCGGGGCUGGGAGUCGGUUCAGUGGUAUGUUUGGUAUCAAGCAGCGAGCCAAAACAUCGUCAGGCGACGAGGGUCCAGCCCUCAGCAAGUCCAAUUCGAUGCCUCGCCAAGACGGUGGCAUUCCGGGAAUAGACUUGGAUACGCGCAAGAGGAAUAGUAGUAUAUCUGGUUCCAUGCUGAGUGGCCCUCCAUUCGGUGACAUCUCUUUUGAUGCACCCUCGAUGCCGGCAAGCACACGCCGCAGCCGUACACUUGGACUGUUUAGGAAUGAGGGAAGUGGCUGGCCAAGGUUUUCUAAGCGUGCAACCUCACCUCGACCUGGCUCUACGCAUUCGAGCGAGCUACCGAGACCUUCCUUCGACAGCAGCCGGUGGGGAGUGGACAACUGGCCCUCAGGAGACGCCGCAAGUGGUAACAGAAGUAGCCCGCUUGCUUUCGGCUCGGGUUGGAAUCAAAGUCAUCCUCAGCAGUCUCGAAUCUUUGGAUCUCGUCAUCCUUCGCGCCGCCCUUCCGCACAGUACGGCGGCAGCGGUCCCCCUGACGAUAUCACCGAAGAUGAGGAUGAUGACCAGUUCGAUGACUAUCGAGUGUCCGAUUUGGGCCCGAUUGGCAGUAGGCCGCCGCCGGGUUCGAAGAAGGCAGAAAAGGCGCCUGCCAACGACGCCGCCAAGCUCAACCCUGCAGCUAAAGACUUCAAGUCGUUCCUUUCUAGCAUGAAACUCACGAAGUCGAAAGGAGAGGGUUCCUCGAACGCUGGAUCUGCAUCUAACACUCCGAACCUUGCGCAGGGUGAAAAUGAGGAAGAUUUCUCGCCACCCAACAGCCGCAAGUCUCGGGACACUCGCAGUAUUACGACUGCUGAGUCCUCUGUCGCCGAAUCUGGUCGGAAUUCUGUUGACCUCAUUCGAACGCCUUCCUACGUCUCCGAAGCGGCGCCCUCGCCGCUUCUCAAUGGCAGCUCCGGCGGCAAGGAAUCGUUCAUGCAGAAGCUCUCGCGCAAGUCAUCCUCGGGCGGCUUCGGGAUUCCCAAGUUCCAACGCAACAAAUCCAAGCUCGACACGAACACGCCUACCAGUGUCCCCGCCGAGGAUGAAGAAGAUGGCGCUAAUUCGCUGAACGCCAGUGUUAGCAGCGCUCGCGAAAGCAAAGAGACUUCGGGUCGAGAAAGCAAAGAGCAGGCUCGAGGGAGCGGUAGGAACUGGAGCAACGUGCUGAAGCUCGGAAGCUCGAAAGACAAGAAGGAGAAGAAGGGCAACGAGACGCCUAGUCUUAGCGGCUUGAGUAUCACUACCGACGAGGAUCGUGAUGAGCGUGAGCGGGAUGAGUGAGAUUCCUCAUCUUCUACGCUCGGUAUAGGUAGAUGUUGAAUAGCAGCUUUAUUUGUACAUACCAUCACUACUUUGCGCCUGCC